CGAUUCAUGCGCAGCAGUCGAAAGUGUGACGUCAGGGAAGGUUUGGUCACGUGACAAAGGCGCCUGCCACUGUUUGGUUGUUAUGACAACGUGUUUUUUACUAAAUUAAAUGGCCACCAAGGAGCUCUCCUUCUCUAAACUCCACCGAAAUUCUUGGAAAUGUACGGUGUUGUUGGACAUUCACACAGUCACAUGUCGUGGCGUGCGCCUUCCCAAGUCAGGAGAUAUCUACUUAAGUGUUUGCAUCAUGGGCCAGUGCAGGAAGACUUCCUGCUUGCCGCCUCGCUUUCCAUUACACUUUAACCAGCGGCUGGUUUUUGAAAAGACUUACACAAAUGCUGUUGACCCCUCUGCAGUGGCUGAGCGCCUAAAAGCUGACACAACAACUUUUCGGCUGAUUCAGUCGGUAUCUCCAGUGCCAGAGAGUAAGAGCAUUGCUACGAUGACGCAAAACAGCAGAGACUUCCUGAACCCUGGUCCCAGUCUGAGCGCUGCUGAAGACUCCUUGCAGAGAGAUGCAUUGAUGAUGGAGAGAUCCUCGAGAUUUCAUGGUGCAUUUCCCACGGUGGAGUUUUCAGUGACAUCGUUCAUCGAGGAGUGCGAUUGGAUAGACACCUCACCUGUAAGUCUCCUGACUGCUGCAUCGUUCAUCGAGGAGAGUGAUUGGAUAGACGCCUCACCUGUCAAAGACUCAAUGUGUGACAGCAAGACGAACUCUGUCCAGCAGAGAGAGAUGACCAGCCGCUUUCGAGUGAGGCCGUCGUCGACUUCGCCAAGGAAGUCUUCACACUACCCAGGAUGGUCCAAACACAGACGCUCUCCCUCCCCGCCCCCGUGCCGCCAUAUAUCUUGCAAGACAAAUAGAAGGCCACAAAAACACAGAGUUUGUCUAGAACCGGGCUACCAGCAGCCCACUGUUGCUUCCACGACCCGCGCGCUCUCGCCUUACACACACCGAAAAAUGUGUCAGCUCUCCCUGGAUGCUGAGCAGCGGCUUAAACACCUCCAUCUUGGACCGCACUACUUCAGGAAAGAAACAGAGAGCCUCCCUCCAUUCUUGGUUUCGACUUGUAGUAGUCUGACGGAUGCUCCUUUGCCACAGAGUUACAUGCACUGCUGCCACACGGUCAGCCUCUUAGAUGAUGACUCCGACUCUCUCCUUGACAGUUACAGACCCAGAGCAUCCAGAAUGCGGUCAGAUCGUGCGUGGUCGUCUCCCGGGCCGUUAUUCCGACGUGAUGAGCUGACCCAAAGUCCUCUUCGAGACUCCCCCGCCUCUCCUAUGUCGAAGAGGAGGGGCCCUGUGACUUUCAAGCACCCCCUCACGGAAAGGCUGCAGCAAAGUGAUCCCAGUCCAUCCUACUGGGAGCAGAUCCACAGCAGAGUCCAGAAGAUUCUGCUAACACACAGAGUCCCCUUGGACUUGGACUGACCUCCUGAGCUGAGGAUAAACUGAAAAUCCAUCACUUCAGCGUUUAAAGCACACACUAACACACGUCGUUGUGGUGAGUUUCACACACUUGCAACUUAAAUCUGUUUGAUACGAAUUCGCACCUCCACUUGAAAAAGAAUGCUGCAAGGUGACGUUCAAAGGCAAGCAGACCUUUGUGGGGAAAAAUGAAGAAUCAGAAUCAGAUGAUUCUGAUUCUGAAAAUGCAAGAUGUUAAAGACCUCAUGAGCGCACAAGAUAGACAAAGGCCACACUGGAACAGUACAAAUUUCAUAAAUUUGGUUAAAUCAACGCAUUCUUGCUUUUUACCCCAAAUAUUUAUUUUAUCCACUUAAAUUGAUGAAAUACAUACACACUAAAUAUGAAAUAAUCAUUGACACUUCUCAUAUUAUAUCAUGAAUAUACAGGGCCAGUGCCAGUUCUGACAGGGCCACCACUCGAAAAUGCUUAAGGUCAGACCAGUACACUGAACUAAUUAACAAGUCAAUCAUGUCAGCCGAUUAGACAACAAAUGACGGUAAUUCUAAAACACUGUACACUAGUGUACAUUGCACCAGUGACUUCGGCUUUUAGAAAUAUGCCCAUCAAACGGUGUUUCUAAAAUUGCUGCAAUAAGAUGGUUGGGAUGUUCUUGCUUUGAUGCAGUAUUAGUUGACAUUGAUCGUGGAAGGAGCCAUUUUCAAGACACCUUUUUAAUCAAUUUCACACAGAGCACAUCAAACAAAACAAAAAAAGUAAAACUUUUUGUUAGGGUUAAAACAAAAAUACGAAUGAUUAUGAAAUAAUGUAUGCACAUAUGAAAUAUACAUUAAUGAAAAAAGGUUUUCAGGAUUUUCAUUGACUUUAAAAUGUCUUCCAGGAUUCGUGAAGUUUAAAAUUUAAGACUUUGUGUAACAUUUUUCAUGAAAAAUGCAACAGCAUGUACACAUGAACAGAGAACUUGAUGCUUAGUCGUAUGAAGUAUUAUUUGUUCCAAUACAAAAUAAAAAAAAAUACAAAUGUUCUAUUUAUCAUAGUGUUAAAGGUGUUCAAGUGUUUACAGAAAAUGUAUUUUUUUAAAUUCAUACAAAACUGAAACAAUGGUGCCAGCAGAUUGCAGUUUAAUCAUAAUUUGACUGUUUAUUUUUAUAUUUGUAAAUGACAAGGAUUGCUGUGCAGGGAAAAUAAAAGCCCAUGUUUUCAACACAUUAUUUCCAAUUGUACAUACCAUAAUUUGUGUACAAAUCCAUCUUUGUAAGACUCGUGUCUCACAUCCAAUCUCACUUUGUGACUUUCUCUGAUUUCUUAUGAAAUUUAUUCUUCUUGUAUUUCUUGUGCUUGCCGGAUGCCUGAGCUGCUUUCUCGGCCACAAUCUUCUGGAACUUCUUCUUGUUGUUGCUGAAAACACACCAGUACACAAAUUCAUUUAUCAUUUUUUCUCCCCCCAGUAUUAUCUUGCAUCAACUUGACUGUGACUGCCUUUCACCUGGCUCCUUUCUUGUCAUACAGAAAACAAUAAAAUGA